AUGGCUGAUCGGAGGGGUCAACGACAACGACCCAUGAUCACAAAAAACUAUUCGUCUUCUUCUUCAACCAAAUCCCAUAAACCUUUAAACCCUAAUUCUAAUACUAGAAUUGCUCAUGCCAAUAAAUCCGCCACCGUAAAUUCGGGCAACGAAGAUAAUAUUGAUGAACACCAAGAUAUUCCAAAUUUGGUUGGAACUUGCCCUUUUAUGUGCCCUGUUGAGGAACGGGCACGACGUGAGAGGCUGCGAGAUUUAGCUGUGUUUGAGAGGCUUCAUGGAAAUCCUGCUAAAACUUCAUCUACUCUCGCUGUUAAAAAGUUUUGCAGAACUAUAAGCGCAAAUAAUGUCCAAGCUUCUGAUGUUCGGCCUGUCUCAGUCUUGGAAGAUACUCUAAAUUAUGUUCUCAACUUGCUGAAGAGUGACUGUCGUUUUGAGGUGGUUCAUGACUUUAUUUUUGAUAGGACAAGAUCCAUAAGGCAAGAUCUUACCAUGCAAAAUGUUACCAAUGAUCAAGCGAUACAUAUUUACGAAAGAAUGAUCAAAUUUCACAUCCUUUCACAUCACAAGCUUCCUAAAUGUGGCAGUCCAGAUACUGCUUCUAUUUGUCACCUCAACAUGGAGCAGCUUACCAAAGCACUUACAUCUCUAUUUAGUCUUUAUGAAGCAAAUCGAGCUCCAGAUUCUAUUUAUAAGGAUGAAUCAGAAUUCCAUUCAUAUUAUGUGCUUCUCCAUCUCUGUUCUGACAACCAGAGCGAGUCACUGUCUUUGUGGUUCCGUCGUGUUCCUUUUGUAAUCAUGAAGUCAAAAGAGAUGUGUUUUGCCCGGAGAAUAUUGAGAUUUUUCCGUUUGGGAAAUUACAAGCAAUUAAUCUACACUACGGAGGCGGAGGCAUCCUACCUGCAGUAUUGCAUUAUUGAACCUUACAUCAGUGAGAUACGAGCACUAGCCUUGUCUUGCGUAAAUUAUGGAGGAUACAAGCUUCAACCAUAUCCACUGGCGCACCUGUCCAAGCUCCUGAUGAUGCAAGAAUCAGAUUUGGAAUCUCUCUGUGUUGAUUGUGGGCUUCAAAUGUCCAGUGAUGGAACGGGAAAGGUGCUGUUGUCUACUAAGCUAACAAGUACGUGCAAUCCCAAAAGGGGGUACCAGAAAUACUGUGAAGUGGUUUCAGAACGAUUAGAGAGGUUAGCUGCUGAAGUAUCAGAACUGUGA